AGCGGUACUUUCGGUUCGAGCCUCCAGCCACUGAGACGUGUCCGCGCCGCGUUAACGUUACUACACAAACAUUUUUUAAAAUAAUAUUCAAGUGCAAUAUGCCGCCAUUACAGAAUAAAAUAUUGCUUUUGUUCGCCUGCAAUAUAUUGCUGGCUGUCUACGUGUCCGGCGGCAGUAACAAUAAGCAGCAACAACAUCAGCAGCAGAAUCAAGAAAUCUGGGAACAAGACCUUUCGGACACCUUUAAAAUCGAGGGCAGCGAUCAGGGCAUUCAAAAGGUCAACUUGAAGUGCGGUUCCAACUCCAUGAAUGUUAUGCUGGAGACGGAAAAGCCCUUCACGGGUGUGAUGUACACGCGUGGCAGCUUCUACAAGCAGACGGCCCCGUGUUUCAUGAAGCCCACAGCCAACCAGGGUGCCCGAUCACUGGAGAUGAACUUCCAGCUGGACCAGUGCCAGACCCUGAAGGAUGGUGAUCUCUACACGAACAUAGUGGUGAUUCAGAACGACCCAGAGCUGAUAACACCCGGGGAUUCGGCCUUCUCGCUGGAGUGCGACUUCCGUCAGCCGCGCAGCCUCGAUGUGGAGGCCAGCAUGCAGGCCAGGGAUAGGGUGGCCACAGGCUCCAAAAUUACACUCACUAGUCCCGAUCCCGCGGCACCCACGGAACAUCUACACAACUCGGUGGUUAGCAACAGCGAUUCGGUUGAGUACAUUCCAAAGUUUAGCAGACCAAAUAGAACCAUACACCUGGGCUCCGUCGAGGAGGUGGCGCUGCCAUCCCCGGAGCACGCCAGGGACGAGCUAUAAAGAACACUAAAAAUCCUCCUCCACACAGCAUGACACAAAUCGAAAACACAAUCACAACACUUGAAACACACUCUUAAAUACAGGAAAAUCGCACAGAACUCGACGCACACGUAAACAGAGAAGCCGGCGAACAGCAGAUGCACUAACAC